CCCUUAUUCGGUGUGUUGCAACUCAUUAAAGAGAACAGAAAUAGAUUGACCUAUUUAUGAACCGAUUUCCAGACAAAUCAAAUACCACAGAUUCGGAAGUGGAAACGUUGGAUGCCAAAAUUCAGGGACAACGCUGCAACUGCGACAAGUUGCUCCUCUCAACGGAGCCACCUGUACCGGUCGUCUACUUCGACAAAAACUACAUUGGGAACGUUAGUUCGGAAACAAUUAUGAACACCAUUGAAUUCCUGGAGAGUUUCCUGCCGCCGCCCACUAAAAAACACAAGCGCAAGAAUCGCGUUCGUGGACGUGUAGAUGAUAUGGAUAUUGAAUAGAUAUUCACUUUCGUAACGCACUCAAAUUUAAAUUUUAUUCAUCAUAACCAUCGUUAAAAUUUGAAUUCAAUUUCGUUUAGCAGCCCUUUUCUAGAGAUGUUCACUAGUCAGUCACUAUAAAUAAUGCUCAUCAUAUUAUGGCACAAUACAAAUUCUCCAAUUAAACAGAACGCAAACUUAACUUACCU